CCCGCCUGCGCAGCAGCGGCGUCACACUCGGCUCCCCCUCCUCAAUCGCUCUCGCUCCUCGGCCUCGGCCCCCGCCUGCUUCGCCGGGGAGAGGAGGAGGCAAUGGCGGCGGGCGGGAACGGCGCGGCCGGCGGCGGCGCCGACACCAGGGCGGCCUUCGCGCAGAUCUACAAGACGAUCAAGGAGGAGCUGCUCGCCGACCCCGCCUUCGAGUUCACCGCCGACUCGCACCAGUGGAUCGACCGCAUGAUUGACUACAAUGUACUUGGAGGAAAGUGCAACCGUGGGCUCUCUGUGGUUGACAGCUACAAGCUGUUGAAGGGUGCUGAUGUUCUGGGCGAGGAGGAGAUGUUUCUUGCUUGCACUCUUGGCUGGUGCAUUGAAUGGCUUCAAGCUUUCUUUCUGGUGCUUGAUGACAUCAUGGAUGACUCCCACACUCGCCGAGGCCAGCCUUGUUGGUUCAGGGUGCCUCAGGUUGGCUUCAUUGCAGUGAAUGAUGGGAUUAUCCUUCGCAACCAUAUUUCAAGGAUCCUCCGGCGCCACUUUAAGGGCAAACCUUACUAUGCUGAUCUCCUCGAUUUAUUCAAUGAGGUUGAGUUCAAGACAGCUUCUGGUCAGCUGCUUGACCUUAUCACAACUCAUGAGGGAGAAAAAGAUUUAACAAAAUACAACAUAACAGUUCACCGGCGUAUUGUUCAAUACAAGACAGCCUACUAUUCAUUUUAUCUGCCGGUUGCAUGUGCACUGCUGCUCUCUGGUGAGAAUUUGGAAAACUACAGUGCUGUAGAGAACAUUCUUGUUGAAAUGGGAACUUACUUUCAAGUCCAGGAUGACUAUCUAGAUUGCUAUGGUGACCCUGAAUUCAUUGGCAAGAUUGGAACUGACAUUGAAGAUUACAAAUGCUCCUGGCUAGUUGUGCAAGCUCUUGAGCGUGCUGAUGAGAGCCAAAAGCGCAUUCUAUUUGAAAAUUAUGGCAAGAAAGAUCCAGCCUGUGUGGCAAAAGUGAAGAAUCUCUACAAAGAACUCAGCCUAGAGGCUGUAUUCCAGGAGUACGAGAAUGAGAGCUACAAGAAGCUGAUUGCCGAUAUUGAAGCCCAGCCGAGCAUCGCCGUUCAGAAUGUACUGAAGUCCUUCUUGCACAAGAUCUACAAGAGGCAGAAGUAGGGUGCUCUUGGAUAGGGAGCCGUUGCUCUAUUGCAUGCUUGACAGAAAACUGGAGUUCCUGGUCCGAGAUGUGGCGCUUCUAGUUCAAAAAUUCGAUGUAGUGUGAUGCACCUUGCUGCUCUGGAUAAUAACGAGGCAAGAUUCUAUUUCGGUUUGAUGGACCGCAUGCUGUAGACAGUGCAUUGGUUGUUUCGUUAUUUGGAUCCUUUCAUGUUAUUUGCUUC